UAGCCACGUAACUCCACCCUCUGCUGAAGGAGAAAUGUGCUGUUUGAAUGUGCCAUCAGCUCCACAAGGCCCACUCACUCAAUCAGCUUCCUUCUCGUGAGGACCCACACAUAGUUCAGGCAUGCCUUCAUUGGGACUGGAGAUACUUGGAGUGGCCCUGGCUGUCCUGGGAUGGAUUUCAGCCAUCGUGUCCUGCGCCUUGCCCAUGUGGAGGGUGUCUGCCUUCAUCGGGGUGAACAUAGUCACGGCUCAGACCACCUGGGAGGGCAUUUGGAUGAACUGCGUGGUCCAGAGCACCGGACAGAUGCAGUGCAAAAUCCACGACUCCAUGUUGGCUCUCAGUGGCGACCUCCAGGCAGCCCGUGCCCUCACUAUCAUCUCCAUCGUGUUGGGAAUUUUGGGGGUCCUGGUGGCCAUCAUGGGGGCAAAGUGCACCAACUGUGUGGACGAGGAGACAGCUAAGGCUCGGGUGAUGAUAGCCGCUGGGGCGGCCUUCGUCCUGGCUUCUCUGACCCAGCUGAUCCCCGUGUCGUGGUCUGCCCAUACUAUCAUCAUGGAGUUCUACAACCCCGUCAUACCCGAGGCGCAGAAGAGGGAGAUUGGCGCGGCUCUGUACCUGGGGCUGGAGUUGAUAGGCAUCUCUCUAUGCAUUUUGGGAUGGAUUAUCGCCAUUGUGGGGUGCGCCCUCCCCAUGUGGAGGGUGACGGCCUUCAUCGGCAGCAACAUCGUGACAGCUCAGAUCAUCUGGGAGGGCCUGUGGAUGACCUGCGUGGUCCAGAGCACGGGCCAGAUGCAGUGUAAGGUCUACGACUCCAUGCUCGCCCUCUCCCAAGACCUCCAAGCUGCCCGCGCCCUCACCGUCAUCUCCAUCCUGCUGGCCAUUCUGGCCGUGCUCAUCGCCAUCGCCGGGGCCAAGUGCACCAACUGCAUUGAUGACGAGGCCUCCAAGGCGAAGGUGAUGAUCAUCUCCGGGGUCUUCUUCAUCGUAUCCGGGGUCAUGCAGCUCAUCCCUGUCUCCUGGACGGCCAACACCAUAAUCAGAGACUUCUACAACCCUUUACUCACUGACGCUCAGCGAAGGGAGCUGGGGGCCGCGCUGUACAUCGGCUGGGCAGCCGCAGCCCUCCUGAUCCUCGGUGGGGGACUCCUCUGCUGCUCCUGUCCGCCACGUGAGACCAGAUACAACCCUUCAAGAAUGGCUUACUCUGCCCAACGGUCCGCUGGUGGCCCGGGGUUAGAAAGGAAAGACUAUGUAUGAGUAAAGGUCAAAGAGGAAGAGACAUUACUGAAUCUGAAACCUGCGCUCCACAACAAACCGAGGGUGCACUGAGGAGAAGCGCUCGAGGAAACAAAGGGACUCCACGAUGAAGGAUGUGUGUGAAUUUGCCUGUGAUGUUAAGUAUCUAUGAAUUAGGCUCUUUGUUUAUCAGAGGCCGAAAAAGAAUGCAAAGGACAUAAAGAAGUGUAAAAAAAUGUGCUCUGUUCUUUUUAACAUCAACACACUAAAUACUAUCGUAAUCGUACAAUCAAGUAUUUUUUACAGAGUCCUGGCUCCUUAAUGUUUACGACUUUUUUUUUUUAAUAUAACAACCACCAUUACUGCUUCAUGUGUCACCUGCAUAAUAAAGCACUUCUGUGUACAAAAUGGAAGAACUGCAUGUGUUGAAUGUGGUGAGGGUGGGGAUGAGGACGUGGCAGUAUCCACCGAGGCGGCGCAAUAGCAGCCGGCUCCAUCCACAACAAUUAUUGUCUAUAUACCACUGCUGUACGUGUAUCUCACAAGUGUGUUUUUUUAAAUAAACAUGACUUUUUUUGUUCA